GAUCGAGCCCGGCGCAGGCGGUCCGGGCGCCCGCUGCUUCCUCCGAGGUCACUCCUUCGCGGCCGCCCCCCGGCUCGGCGUGUGAGGCGUUUGAGCGCAGGACCAGCUCGUUCUGCUUCCAGUUGGACCAGCAGCAACGACGCAUUGCCUCCAGCCUCGAUAGAUCUUCGCGUGAAUGCGUGUUUCGUGAAGAAACUCUUCUAUUCGAAUCGUAUUUACAUUUUCCCGUGUGUGACCGCGUGUGGGUUCGCCAAGCAUGGAUUUCAUCCGCGCUUCUUCAUGUGUAGUUGUCGUGUGCUUGAUCUCCAGGAUCCUAGACUGUGCAUGUGUGAAAGUUUUAAUUUGGAAGUAAAAGAAUCAGAGACGUUCAGGAAACACAGUGAUCUGUUAACGAUUCUGUGUGAACCAUUCGUGUCGAGUUUACUCUAUUUGAUUACAUUUUAUUUGAGAAUCAGUAGCCAUAUAAACAGUGUGUUUAUGGGGCAGUAUAUUUAUCCAUCAAGUAGUGAAUGUGAAUAUUUUCACACCCCAAAAGAUUUAUCUGAAUGCUACCCCCCCCCCAACAAAAAAAACACAAUUGGACACAAUAUCAAGAGUCGAUGUCUUGAAUGAAAACUGAAUUGUGUGUGAAACAUUUUAAUCAUGUCUCAUCCCUACGGAAAUAAGUGUUGCACUAAAUUUACUCUCAAAAAUCUGUUGUAAGGAAUGAUUUUUAGAAAUAUCUUAUAUGGCUUCAUCCUCUCCUUUUCGUCCCAUUCUGCAAAGCCGUAUAAUUUCAUAAACUUCUUGAGACCAGCACAGAAAACUGCCCAUCAUGGUCCCUCAAGGAGCGAAGAGGAGACCGAGGAGCAAGUACUGGAAGAUGGCGAGGAGGCUUUGGAUUUGGGGCUGGGCGCUGAAGCUGGACUUUUGUAUAAUGGCACUCCAGUAGUUACAGUAAUCAGUCCUCAACAGUUACGCACUGUACCACCAGCUGAAAACAAAUUUAUACGCCGUGAUGGUUUGGCUCGAGAACCUUCGGUCCAAUCAGAUGUUACUUCCCAUGGUAGUCAUGGGUCCAGUGUUGAAUCGUACUUGGAGUCUCGCAAACCUGACCCUGAAGAGGUGUUGUUAAGUUUAGGGUUUGGGGGACCUGUGUCUUCAUUGGACAGUGAAGUUACUCGCAUUCCAAAAAGAUUUCUUCAGCCAUCAAAGGUGAAAGGAGUGGCCAUUAAGGAUUUCUUACGCCAUCAACAAGAACUCAUUGAAAAUUUUGAGACUGGUUUUUGUGGAUAUCGUGGGCUCUCAGGAGCUUCUGGUGCAAUGCCUUCUGUUAUUGUUGCUAAAAUAAUGGAAAAGCUUCGAGAACAUGAACGUGAUAGUGUUCACAGUACAGGAACAUCAGAAUAUGCCAGUUUGGUUACAACUCCACCUCCUGAAGUCGGUCGUCGCUUUUCUCAUCACAGUUCACUUCAUCACCAUCAUCACCACAGACACAUGCUGAAACGUGGAAGUGCACCAAGUAGUUCCUCUCCCUCACCCUCAUCACGUCAGAAUACAUCACUCAGUGUGCUUAAUGCUGACAAUCGUCGGUUUCUUGAAAGUCAGGGAAGUAAAUCACCAGAAGUUCCUAGAAAGAGAAUGAUAAUUGGCCAGCGUUCUUUCACAUUCGGGCGAGAUGGAGAUCUCAUUGAACUGGAAUCCCCUUCUGCAUCCAGCCGAGAAGAUUCUAGCCUAGGCCCAGUUCCUUUGCCUCCAUUAAAACCUCUUGUACAUAAAGAUUCUGUACUUUCUUCUGCUACUGACUUGAGUCUCACCAGUGUUGAUAGUGAUAGUGAUACUGAUGAACGAAGUGGAAGUUAUGAACUACAUCGAAGACUGCGUAUACCCCUACCACAAUCACCUCUGCCUGUUCUUGAUUCAGGGCAGAUACAUUCAUCCACACCUUACUCAGAAAAUCUGUCUUCUUCUGCAAAAAUAUCUAGUUUUCCAGAAUUCGAAACUGAAAAACUAGUUGGAACACCAACUCACAGGCCCCUUGGAAUAGGCAAACGAAUGUCUUCCACAAGUCUAAGCAGUUGGGAAUCUGAUGCUAAUAGUUCUCCUCUCCUUGUGGAGAACUCACAUGGGAGAGCUAAAUUCUCAGUAGGUGAUCCAGAAGAACACAGACAUAAAAGUAGUCAUUCCUUGCUUGGUAGCCUACCUAUAAGGUAUGAAUCCAUUGAAGAAGAUGUAGAAAUGAAAACAGAAAGUGAUGUAAGCAAGGAGUCAAGUUUUCCUCUGCCAAAUACCUCUGAAGACUCAAAAAGUAAUGAUGGUUUAGUGUUUAAUGUACAAACAGAAUGCUCAAAUGAAGAAACUCAAGAAAAUAAACAGGAAUCUGAUGAUUGUGUAUUUACACUUUCCCAACCAAGCUGCCCUACAUCAAAAGUUCCUAUUAGUGACGAGGUAACUAGUGCUCAAGGAAGAAGAGGUAGUCUGAAAAGGCAACAGAAUGUAGCUGAAGAAGAUGCAUUAGAACUCAUAUCAGAUUCUUCUACAGGUUGUCAAAAAAAUGAAUGUGGUUCAGAGUGUAAUAAUGAUGGUAAUCCAAAGUCUGAAGAUAUGUGUUUAGAAAAAUUAAGUAUUCUAUGUGAUAAUGGUUGUGAAUCAACUGAUCCCUAUAGAAAGUUCGAUAAUGAUCCUGAAUUGUUAAAUUCCGAGCAGAACUGCACUGAGAGUGAGGAUGGUCUCUCAGAUUUCGAGGGAAUAAUUCUACCACAGUUAGAAAUCAUUGAUGAGUGCCUCUUCAAGAAAGAUAAUGUAAACAGUGCUGAAAUUCAUGAAAAUGGCAUGGGUCAUUUACCAUUGUCUGAUGUAGAUGUUCAUUCCUGCUCAGGUGAUACUGGAUUAGAAGUUGCUGAAGGCAAUGAAUUGGUGAUAGCAUCUCCUCAUCUUCAAGUUUCAAGAGAUUUAAGAGGUGAUUCAUUUGAGAUGGAAGAAAUUGGUAAUGGGGAGGAUGAAGCUAAAAUAGUAACCUUGACAAGAGCACGAUCUGACAGCAGUGGGUUCCUGGAUGGUGAUAUUGAACGAUCAGAAAAUUCUGAAAGCAAAGCCUGGGAAAAGCAUAAAACAGUUGAAAAUGAGAGAUCUGCUAAUGUCAAUAGCACUUUGGAUGUGUUGACAGAUGUGAACAUUGAACCCCGUUUGAGAGGAGGCAGCACAGGAACUAUUGUGCCUGAUUCAGAGAAUAGUGUAGAGAAAUGUGAUGUAGGUAGUUUCACAAAACGUUUAAGCUUACCAGUAGUGUGUGUGAUCGAUGAAAGUGGUGGUCUAUUACAUUCUCGUAGUAACUCGGUACACUCUGAAAGCAGUGAUGAUACUAAUAGUAGUGGCAGCGGGAACGUUAAAAAGAGUCACAGGCGCAGAACACGUAGGAUUCACUCAGCCCCAGAACCACUUGCCCUGACCAGUAGUUGCAGCAGUGUUAGUAAUAUGUUUAGUUCAUGCAGUGAUGAGAGUGUUAUUCAUAUUGACCUCAAAGCUCAGUGUACACCCAUACAGCCUACUGCAGAAGGAAUAGCUUCAACUUUCAGGGCAAGCAAAGAUUUGCAAGAGCUCUUGGAAGAAUUAGCUGUUAGAGGAGUGAAUUUGCCACAAGAAUUUGAUUCUCCAUCUUUUUCUAGUCAACCAAGUUCUCAGUGUGCUCCUCUUCAGGCUGAUGCUGUACGUGCAGCUCUGAAUACUUACAGCAGUCAUCUGGGGGAAAGUAUGUCCACUUUACAAGCAAAUUCAGAAUUAUUAGAAUGUGUAGUUGAAGCACGUCGUGAACUUGAAAUUGUGCGAUAUAUUCGUGAACAAAUUGCAUCAGAGUUACGUAGAGUGGCAUCAUUGCUUGAAGAACAACCUGGUCCCAGGGCUGCUGCUAUUACUCGCCAGAUGACUGUUCUACUCCGAGAACAAACACGUCUUUGUCGUCAGCUUGAAGCAUUAGCCCAAGGAUAUGGGUCAGUGGACAGCUCUUUUACUAUUGAUAGCAUUCCGAGAACAUUUUCUGCUCCAAGCACUGUGACUACUGUGCCAUGUUGUAAUAGUGAAAGACUUUUAGGUGCUGUGCGAGAAGAGAAUCGUAGACUAGAACGUUUAGUGCAAGGACACUCUCAAGAACUAGCAGAAAUACGACUCUUGCUGAAAGAGCUUGUUUCUAAACAAAAUUAAUAAUACUUCUGGCAACAUAUUGUGAUUAAAAUUUGGAAAUGAAAAACAUUUAAAAUCACUCCGUUGAGAAUAAGUUGUGAUGGCACAUAUUUAUAUGAAUGUUAGAAUAUAUUUAUGUACUCAAGUCUAAGCUCUUCCCGUUAUGCAUUUAUUGUGUAUUAUUUUAAAUGGGAAAAUGUAUAUUUUUAUGGAACAUGGUUUAAAUUGUAAUGUAUAAUGUGAUCCAGAUCAUGUAUAAUUAAUUAUUUUAAGUUAUUAUUGUUGAAAAUUGUUUAUUUGCCAAAACUGUUAAUUUUUUUUAAUGGAAAUUAUGUACACAUGUAGGGGGAUGAUUACUCAGCAGGUGUUGUAGAGACAUCUGUUGGCGAAAGUCAGAACUUGAUAACAAUUUACUCCUCGAGUCAGCUAGGCAACUAGACAUGCAUAUUAUAAUGGUACCGAUAAAAAGAGCAAAGAAGAAAACAGUAAGAAGGAUCAAUGUUAAAUAAUCAAAUGGCUGUGUUUUAAUUAAGUGUAAAUAUUUUUUACUGGAAAAUUAAAAGAAGUGAAUUUAAUUUGUUGUACUUACCUGACUUGUGUAUUGUUUACUUUCAUUUGAAACUGUUGUGCUCAUUUGUACUCAUUUCUGCUAUCCCCUGUUACUCCCUGGUACAAGUACGAAGGAAAAGAGAAACAUUUUUGCUUUUACUUUCAUCUUCAAAUAAGUAAAAGACAUGCCGAUUAUUGUGAAAGAUUAUACAUGGAGACAAACAAAUGAAAUUGUUGUUGUUCAGGUUCCUUUGAAGGGUGUUCCUUACACAAAAGCUGAUGUAUUCACUUUUGAAAAUUAUAUUAAGCAAAAGAAAGUUAAAGAGAAACAUGACAUCUUUAUUGAUAAAAUAUUAACAAAAAAUAAUGAACCAGAAUGUGUUCCCUUACCUCGAGAGAUGGGACGCAUAAAUAUAUCAUUUACUCCUAGGGAGUUUCCUACACCAAGCAGAGAAAGUUAUCGUGCAGAAGAGGAAGAGUGGUUGAAGAAUCAGGCAGAAGCAAGAAGAGCAUGUGGAUUUGUAGCUGCAGAUCUAAAACCAGAGGAACAGAAUCCAAUUUGGCUGAAAGAUAAGGGCGAUUCAUUCUUUCAAAUGGGAAAUUACUUGGGUGCAAUCAGUGCUUACAGCCAUGCUAUAAAAAUUGGAAGUACACUACCUGCAAUCUAUUCUAAUCGAGCAGCAGCUCAUCUUGCUAUUGGAAAUUAUUACAAGGCACAUGAAGAUAGUUCUAGGGCUUUGGAUCUUUUGACUCCAUGUGUGUCCCUAAAUGCAAAAUCGAGAGCAAGAUGUUUUGUUCGUCGAGCUACUGCUUUAUGUCACCUAGGUGCACCUGAAAAUGCAUUGAAAGAUUUGGAAAAAGCACAAGCCCUCGCUCCUGAAACAAGUCUUAUAGAGGAUAUUGAAAGGGUUCGCAUCAUGAUUGAUAAGUUAUCUACUGGCAAGGAAGAAUCUAUUGCUGCUGUUUGCGAAUUUUAUCCCAAAGAUGCUUGCCAUAAUAAGGAAUGUCCAUUUUUACACAUCGACCCUGAAAGCAAAAUUAAAGACUGUCCGUGGUAUGACAGAGGAUUUUGUAGACACGGUCCUAAUUGUAGACAUAGGCAUGUUAGACGUGUAUUAUGUAUGAACUACCUUGCUGGAUUUUGUCUUGAUGGGCCUGAUUGCAAAUUUAUGCAUCCAAGAUUUGAACUCCCAGCAACUGAUGUUCAACAAAAAGAUGGCAAAAAAUUAGUUAUAACUUGUCAUUAUUGUGGAGAGACUGGACACAAAGCAUUGUAUUGUAAUAAAAUGCCACCAGAAAUGAAAGAAGCUAAGAAUUUGAUGUAUGUAUCUAAAGAUGGGGAUGAUUCUCUUCCGAAACCACCACAGAAACCGUUAGAAGAGGUUACGUGUUUUAAAUGUGGUUGUAAAGGUCAUUAUGCAAACAAGUGUCCAAAGGGUCAUUUAGCUUUCCUUAGUCAAAGUCAGAACUCUUCCACUGGGAAGAAAGAUGAUUGACAUGUUCAUAUACAAGAGAAUCAAGGAAAGCAUAUCAUGCGUGAAAGUGAUUCUAUUGUUGCAUAUAAUUUACAGACACCAACUACCUGUUGUGCUAUGAGGCCAUCAAUGAGCGUUAUGGUGAAGUACCUGUAAUAUUACUUGAUACAGGGGUUGUAUCAUGUCCUGUGGGUAUGAGAUGUUCAUAAUUUACAUUUGUAUUGUACACAGAUGUCUCUUAUUUUAUAGUGUAAACAGCUAAUUGUGUAAAUGGAUAAUAUAUUUUAUGUUAGAUUGAGUUAGCAAGUACUUUUAUGUACAUGUUUUUCAGUUUUAAAAAUUACUUGCAAAACUCAGAUGAAUAUUCUCAUAUUGAAAUGUGUGUGUGAUUAAUGUCAAACUGAAAUGUAACAUUUUCUUAUAAAUUAAUCACUCCAACUGUUCUUGUUCAUUAUUCUUGUGAUUGAUAAUGAAAUGCUUGAUACAUUUAUUUUGUCCUUCACAAUUACCAUAAAUUGCUACAUGGUAUGAACUGCACUAAUGUCAGAAACAAUUAUUCUCUGCAGUUAUGAUACGGGAAGCAUUUCAGGGGAACAGUGUUGGUUUCUCUGUUUGUUUAUUUUUGAAAUUGUUUGUAAUUAAUUUCUUUAAAAUGAAAACCCCUCAGAUGAAAUUAAACAUUUUAAUUUUCAAAGGGAAUAGUGCUUCAGACAUGAUAUAUACAUGGUAAUUUUUUUUAAUACAUUAAAAUUUCAGAAAAUAUUUGCCUAUGUGAGGGUAGAAGGGUUGCCCCUCACAUUCACCUUUAAUUCUCUGCAGGAAAACUAAUUGAGAUAUUCACAAUGUUAUAAGUACGUCUGGGUUUAGUCUAGCCUUCAAUCUAAAUGUCAAUGUUAAGAGAUGAUGUAUUAUUUGAGAAAAUGUUGAGAGCAUAUUAAUUAAUUUCAAUAUGCAUUUGUAACAAAUUCCUAGUUCAACACACCUUUGCUCAUCUCACAACAUAUGAUUUCAAUGGAUGCAAUUUGUGUUUAGGGACACCUGCAUUUUUAUCAUGAAGUGUUUUCACUAGUUCAUGAUCUUCAUAUUUGAAAACAGAAGAACAGAAGUGAAAUAAUUGGAAGAGUGGGUGUUACAUUGUAUAGAGUUGUUGGAAGUUUUCAGUAUUGAGAUCAUUCUUUCAAUCCUAAGGUGAUUCAUGGUCAUAGGACCAAUAAUAUUGUAGGUGUUUUGAAUGAUUUGAUGUAUAUUAAGGAUAUGGAGUGCUAUCUUUCUCCCUCAGGAAUGGGUCAGGCUUUGCUCCUGGACAGGCAAGAAAGGUAUAAAAUCAUUACACCCACACAUUUUCAAUCAGGCAGAGAAAUCUUAUGGAAGCGUGGAUGAAUUUAAAUAUCAUGUUUACCAGAAGGAAAAAUAAAAACAGAAGUAAAAUCUUCUCAAGCCUCUACUAAUUAAUAUUGUUCUGUAAGGGGCAUUUUUCAGAAGAGGAACGUGCAGAUAUGUUAAAGAGGAUGACUACAAUAAUAAAACUAUUGUAUAGGACUCGUGUUUAUACAAAACACAUAUUACCAAGUAAAGGUGAAAACAAACUGAUGACCUGGCAAAAGGAAAAUCCUAAGGUGUUCAUUUGAAUAAAUAUGUGAACAUGAUCAUAGGUGAAUAAAAUACAAUUUGGUGUUGACCAACUUGUACAAUCUGAUAUAGUUUCUGAAAUAAAGUUCCAAAGAAUUAUGUGAUUAGGACACAUUAUGAAGGGGGACAAGAGUAGAUAACAAAAAUGGUAUUUUCUAUUGAAUUAAAGGGAAGAUAAAGACAUGGAGGUGACUGGAAGAUAUGGAAAGGUUUUGACAGGACAUUAGAGGUUCGGAGAAGGGCAAAGCAUAGAAACAAAUGUGCUAUUGUGAAAGAUGGCAAGGCUCACUGAAAGGACUGUAAUGCAACAAAAGAAUAAUCUGUAAUCUGUUACUGGGUACUUAGCUAUUUUAGUCUUGACACUAUAAUAUAAUUAUAACUAUUUUAUGUGAUGAUUAUGUUCAUGAAUUAACCAAGGAGACCACCGUCUUGGUCUGAUUUCUGCUUAAUUAUACUUUUUAUCCAAUCAACAUGUAACGGAGUAAAUUUAAUUUAUCCAAACCCUUAACAUAUUGGGAAGUAAAUGUGAGAUCAUAUUGAUUAAGACAAGUCAAUUUUUGAUUAGAAAAUGUUCAAUGUAACAAUGAAUUAUUAGUAUCAUUGCAAACUAUUUAACUAUUUAUCAGCUGGAGCGGUAUUAAAUUUUGCAAUUGACUUUGCUCUUCAUUCCUGUUGCAACAGUCAAUUUUUUUAUGUUGUGAAACAAAAAGAUGGUCAGUUUUUUCUUGGUGACACCUGAGGACUGAAGGUGUUUUACAUUCU